AUGAAGAGUUCAUUGUCUUUGGUGCCAGUGUACGGCAUCUGGUAUGUGGCCGAUGCUGGCGCCCGCAGCAUACUCGUUUACGACAUUACAGGCAACAAAUCGUAUCGCAUAGUGCUGCCGAAGGCGACAGCCCCCACCAACGAUGUCCUGUAUGUGGCGCUGACAGCCAAACAGGACGGCACUUCUACACUUUUCUUCAGCUACCUGAGCUCGCCUCGCCUCUAUUCGAUUAAGGGCGAGUAUUUGCGCGUGGGCCAGGGUGCUGGGUCCAUUAUAGAUGUGGGUCCCAAGCCGUAUGGCAAGCAGACAGUGUUGUUGGGCGCAGAUGGCGGCACUUCGCUGUUCUUCCGCUACAAGGGCGAGAACGACAUCUAUCUGUGGGACUCGGAGACAUGCUUCAAGGCCUCAAACUUGCAGGAGGUGCAGCGUGGGGGCGACUGUCGCCUCUCCACGCAAGUUCUGCCCGGACACAAGCGAUUCAUGUGGGCACUGGAGAGUAACUUCCAUGAUUUCAUAUCGGAUAGAACGGGCUGCAAUGGUGCCUCUAUAGUCUUACAUCCCGUGGUAAAGGAAUGCGAUGAUUAA